AUGCUGUCGCCCCGUAUCCUCGCCCUAGCCCUCGCGCUGGCAACGCCAACCGCGGCCCUGCUGCACGGCCUUGCGGGCUGUCGCCGAACGACACACCAUCUCGCCGUCAGCCGCCGGGCGCGCCGUCCCCUCCUCGCUCUGGUCCCCUCCUCGGGCGGCGGAGAGCAACAGGAGCUGCUGGAGCGCUGCUUCGCCGCCUCCUGCCCGGGAGCCGCCUCUGCGGAGCCAGGCGACGCGUCACCCGGCUCUCUCGCCGACCUGCCGCUCGUCUGCGCCCCGUGGGCGAGCCCGCUGCCCGGUGUCGUGCAAGUGCUCCGAAUCUUUGACCCGGCACUCAUCCACACCUUCGAGUCGCUCGCCCGCGCCGCGGGCGGGCCGCGGCUGUUUGCGCACUUUGAGUCAUCCGCCGCCGCGCCGACCGAUUCGCCCUACCGCGCCCUCGCAAGCCCCGGCGUCCUGACAGAGCUUCGUGACGUUCGCCGCCUCCGCAGCGGCGGCAUCAUCGCCCUCACCGUGGCGGUCGGCCGCGUGCGAGCGAUCGGCGUGCGCUCCGACGCGCCGCUCGUGCGAGGCGACGUGCUGCUACUUCCUGACGAGGAGGAGCAGGCCGCCGCGCGCCUCCACCUCCGCCGCAACGGCCACUUCGCCGACGGCUCCGCCCUCAAUGAAGCCGCGCGCGCCGCCUCGGCAGCUGCAGGUGUGACAUGGGCGAGCGCCGAGAGCCGAAUCGACUGGUCGGCGGCGGUAUCAGCGGAGGCGGAGGCGUUGCCGGUGGGCGACCAAGGCGAGGCGUGCGCCGCCAUCGAGGAGCGAGCGCCGUUGAACCUCUCGCUCUCCAUCUCCUCCACCGCCGCCGCGGCGCGGCAGGCCGCCGCCGCCGCCGCCUCGGCGCUGAACUCGGCGGACCCGGUUGCUCGCGCGCUCGAGGCGCAGUUUGGCCGGGAGCUGAGCGCGGCGGGCCUCGCCGGCGAGGGCGGAGCGCGGUUUGGGCUCGGCCGUGCGUACGACGCGUACUCGCAGCCCUUCUUGCUCGCCCUCGAGCAGGCGCUGUGGCGCGAGAUUGUGCUCUGCGCAACGCUCUCGGCGCGGCUGGAGACCCGCGGGCGGGGCGGGGCGGUAGAGGCGGAGGAGGAGGAGGCGGUGGCCGAGGAGGCGGAGGAGGAGGCGGAGGCGGAGGCGGUGGCCGAGGAGGCGGACGCUUGGCUAGACGACGAGGUGCUGCGGCGGCUGCCGGCGUUGCGCGAGAUGCUGCCGCUUCUCCCGCCGCCCCCCGAGAGCGGCUGGCCCGCAGACAUGCCCGAGCCCCCCUCGUCGGCCGAGUGGCUUUCCCGCUUCGGCUACCCGCCGUUGCGGCGCGCCCAGCGGGUCUCCUACUUGAUGGCUGCGCUGCUGCCCGAGCUCGCCUCGGCGGGGGUGGUGUGGCUCUCGCACCAGCGCUUCAAGCUGGCCGCGAUGGUCGCGGUGCGCGAGCUCUGA